AUGAAACUCGCUGUCGUGGUCACCACCCAGAAGGAUGCUACCAGACUGGAGAAGAUAGGGCACAUUAAAAUCGGUUUUGUGUCCUGCAGAAUAAGUAGAAGAGUUAUGGUCACAAGGUGCCACAGGUGCUUUGGUUAUGGCCAUAUAGGUCGAGACUGCCAAGCAGUAGAUAGACUUAAUAUUUUUGUUAUUGUAAGUGCGGAAGACGUUAAAAAUAAUAUAAUUGAUUUGAAUAAGGAAGGAAAUGAGUCAAUAAAUUUUAUAAAUAAUUCCGAUGUGUGUCAUUCUGCAGAAUGUUACCAAAUUGCUAAUGAUAUUUGGCAGAGUGUAAAUCAUUCUGUCAACCCUUGUGAUAAUUUUCACGAGUAUGCUUGCGGAAGAUUUGCGUCUUCAAAUCCAAUUCCAAAAGAAGAAUCAGCAUGGAGUACCAUUCAAAAAUUAAGAAGAACUGUCAAACUACGAAUGUUAGAAAUAGUAAUGGAUGGAUAUAAUAAUUCAACAGAUAUUUUGCCAGUAAAGCAAAUGAAAAAAUUUUACAAAUCUUGUACUAGUUACUGGAAGGUCGGUCGAAGGGGUUUGAAGCAUAUAAAAGCAUUUUUGGCUCAAAUUGGCGGAUGGCCAUUGAUAAUGGAAAGAGAAGAAUGGUCCUCCAUGAAAAUAUCAUGGCAGGAUAUUAAUCAAUUUUAUUCGCGAUUAUUAUUUUUAUCUUCAUUUUAUCGCAUUAAUGUUAAGAGCGAAUCAAAAAAUUCAAACGAUUAUACUGCAGAUGUGGAAAAUUCUUUUAAAAUUAUAAAGAUUCAUCCUCCUACUGUACCUUUAAAAUCAAUGGCUCGUUAUAGUGGAAAAAUUUUUAACAAAAACUUUACUGAUAUGUACGACAAUGGAAAAUAUGAAAUUUAUAUUUUCAGAAUUGCUAACAUGUUAGCAUUUAGUAGAAGUGCUCAUAUCAGUAGAAAACAGUUGCACGAAGAUGUUAAUAAUAUGAUUGAAUUGGAAAAAAAAAUUUUAAAUAUACCUCACACGCACGAUUCUGAACAACCUCAAUACAUAAAAAUUGAUCAACUUCAGGAAAUUUACAUCAACAAAGUAAAAACACCGGAAAAGUCGAAGAUUAAUUGGAAAAAAAUAAUAACCGAUUAUUUUAAUGAGGCAAAAGUACAACUCAAUGGAGACGAAUUAUUUCAAAUUGCAAAUAAACAACAUUUUGAAACAUUGGUAGAAAUUUUAGAAAACACUGAUCAGCGAACUCUUGCAAAUUAUAUGCAUUGGCAUUUUGUAUCAUAUCUUCUCCCUUAUACAACAUUGUUCAUGGAAGCUCUAAGAAUUAAUAUGUUAAAGCAUAAAGAUGGAAUCGAAAAUAGACCAAGGUGGCAAAAUUGUAUAAGAAAUUUAGAAAUGCCUCGAGUUCUUGCUUAUGAGUACGCUAAAAAAUAUAUGAAUAUUGAUAGCAAGGACAAGGUUAAGAAAAUAUUUUUAUCAAUUCAAAAAGAAAUGGUUAAGCACAUUGAAAAAGCUGAUUGGUUGAAUGAUGAGACAAAAAAUAAUCAAUUAGAAAAAAUUGAAAAUAUGAAAGUCAAUAUAGGUUUUCCUCAAUGGAUAACAAAUGAAACAUCAUUAAUCGAAAUGUAUCAAGGGCUUGUAAUUGGAAACCAGUACAUGGAAAAUAUUAUAAGUAUAAAGAGACUUAAUGCUAAAAGAGCUUUACAAUAUCUCAGGAGUUCUUUGGAAAUUAAAGAGUAA